AACAUUGUGGUGUACGACGACGGACGACGGCUUUGGCGGCUUUGGUUUGGGCGACGUUGCAUUUAGUUGCAUGGCACGCAAGACCCAAGCGUCUCGUCGAAGACGUGGCGUUGAUGUCGCCCGUUCCUUCGGGCACUAGCUUCUCGAUGUAGCCAAGCUCUUCGAGAAUAAGGACAUCGUGGGCUGUUGUAUAGAAUGGUAUCGUCGCAUAACGGAGCUCGGCGUCUGACACACCCCUCUUGGUAUAGACGUCAUGAGUUCAUGUCCACGUCCACUUGUGCAAUGACGACACCUGCGAUCUGCAGUUGUAUCACGCAGGUAUCCAGGUGACAGCACGCCAUGAACUGGACUAUCACCGCCCUCACUAUCGCUUUCUCGUUGUUUUCUGCCAAAUCUGAAACGCCAGAUUCGUACGACGUCUUCUUCUACAAGCCUGGAUUUUACGACCAUCAGUAUGGCAGCUUUCCCGAAGAAACGCGAUUGGAGAUGGUGGAGGAGGCUAAACGCAUGUUUCGGUUUGGAUAUGAUGGUUAUAUGACCUAUGCAUUCCCCAAAGACGAACUAAAUCCCAUCGACUGUACUGGACGCGGACCAGACUAUGAGAACCCGAGCAACAUAAACAUAAAUGAUGUUUUAGGCGACUACAGCCUCACACUUGUCGACUCUCUGGACACCUUGGCAAUCAUGAAGAACUCUAGUGAAUUCAAACGAGCUGUAAAGCUCGUCCUAGAGCACGUCUCGUUCGACAAGGACAACAUCAUCCAAGUUUUUGAAGCCAACAUUCGACUACUAGGUGCCUUACUUUCAGCUCAUCUCUUGAUAAUGGAUGAAGAACAGCCAUUUGGAGACCUGCGACCUCCUGGGUACAACGGAGAGCUACUGAAGCUGUCUAAGGACCUUGCAGUGCGUCUCCUGCCUGCCUUUAAGAACACUCGCACGGGAAUACCCUACCCGCGUGUUAACCUCAGGAGUGGUGUACCGCAGGGUGUCUCAACCCACACCUGCACAGCUGGUGCCGGGUCGCUACUCUUGGAAUUUGGUGUGCUGAGUCGGCUUUUAAGUGACGAUGCUUUCGAAACAGUGGCGCGGAGGGCAAUGCACGCCCUCUGGGGCCUUCGUGCAAAGGACACCGGCUUACUAGGGAACAUCGUGGAUGUCAACACCGGAGAGUGGGUGGGAAAAAUGAGCGGCAUCGGAGCUGGUCUCGAUUCCUUCUACGAGUACCUUCUCAAGACGUACAUCCUUUUUGGCGAUGUUGAAGAUUAUCGAAUGUUCAACGAAAGCUACACUCUUAUCAAGCAGUACAUGCGGAAGGGACGACCUUUGUGCAACGAAGGCUGCGGAGAGCAUCCCGUCUACGUGAACGUCAACAUGCAGGACGGAUCGACAUCCGUGGACUCGUUGUGGAUCGAUUCUUUGCAGGCAUCGUUUUCGGGAAUUCAGGUGCUGACGGGGGACAUCGAAGAAGCCAUUUGCAGCCACGCGCUUUACUACGCCAUAUGGCGGAGGUUCGGUGCCCUCCCCGAACGUUUCAAUUGGUUGAGAGCCAGCCCCGAGCUUUUCUUUUAUCCAUUAAGGCCCGAGCUCAUCGAAUCGACCUACCUCCUCUAUCAAGCGACCAAAAACCCGUUCUACCUUCACGUCGGACGUGACAUACUUAACAGCCUCAACAAUCACACAAAGGCGGCCUGCGGCUACGCAACCAUUCACAACGUCCAGGAUAAAACGCUCGAAGAUCGGAUGGAGAGCUUCUUUCUGAGCGAAACCUGCAAGUACCUCUACCUCCUGUUCGACGUGGAGAAUCCAGUGAACAAACGGUUUGCAAAGUAUGUCUUCACGACGGAGGGCCACAUAAUACCGAUACUGCGGUCGCUUCGAAUCAACGCGGACGUUCCGCGGGAGCUCCUGAAAGACAUCGAGGGGGGGAAGAUGCCGAACGAAACUCACCGGCAGUGCGACAAAAUUCCCAGCGAGCGUCAGUACUUGUUGCCGCUCAAGCACAAUUACUUGCAACAAAUCAGCCAGACACUCGGAUUAGACAGGCAUUUAGCUCAGGGAAUAUGAACGAGCUGCCUAUGAAUGCACUGCAGUUCUGGUUCUGUGAGUGUACCACUUUGGACGAGCCAUUGCACAAGCCCACAAAACUAUAUUUUGUUACUGUCUCAAAUGACCAGAGGGAUAUUUUGCUCAAGUUUGUAACGACAGCAAUACAAUACAAAGAAGCCACCUCAGUUUUUUAUUUAUGCAUCAUGAUGCAUUUUCACUGAGCAAAUGUGAAUAAUAUAUUGCUAAAAUGGGUGGUUAUAUGUUUCCAGGUUUAGGAUGCAAAAGUUGAUUUUUUUUUUGUACAAGAGCACAGAGAAAUAAAUAUGCAGGAUUAUUUA